GCCGGUAGACCCAAAACCAUGCCGACUCGCAGCUGGCAUCCACACUCUUUGCCGGUGGCCCGGCGAGACAGAUGUCUCAUGCACGGUUCGCCACACGCGAAAAACACGCCGCAUCAUAAUAGUGUGGCACGGUGGGGCGAAAACACUGUCAGUGAAAAAGACAAGAGACAGCAGAGCAGAUCAGUGUUGGCGUUCAGAGUGGCGGUGACGGAGAUGGCGAUCCGAGGGAAGAAUGGCGGUGCGGCGGCUGCGGAGGUGGCACUGGGUGUGGUGGCGUUGCUCUUGGUGGUUGCCACCGGAUCGGCGCAGCAGGUGCCGGAUUGCGCGUCGAAACUGUUACCGUGCGCGAACUACCUGAACACGACGACCCCACCGGAGUCGUGCUGCGGGCCGCUGAAGCAGGCGGCGAAGGAUGAUACGGACUGCCUCUGCUCGAUCUUCAACGACAAGACCGUCCUCCAGGCCUUCAAGGUUGACAUCGAGCAGGCCCUCCAGCUCGCUAAAAAGUGCGGCAUCGACGCCGGCAACUCCAUCUGCGCCAAGUCCAACGCCACCACCACCGAUUCGGCUCCGUCCGUGUCCAAUAACACUACAGCCUUCACGCUGGUAGAAGAGCCUAAGUUGCAUGAUGUUGAAGCACAUCAAGCCAAAAACUACUCUGUAGAAGAACAAAUGGAGGAGAUCACUUGGCCAUUUACCAAGAAGUGAUGUUGCUUCUCCUGAGGCGAAAAACGUCAACUCUGCUGUACGUGGGGUAGCCUGGAUUGGAAUGUCAGGCAUGGUGAGCUUGCUCUUGUUUUGGUGGUCAGUCAGAGCAUAGGAAGUGCUUGCUAUCAGCCUCCUAGUCUAGCAAAAAAUAGAGAGAUCCAAAUCCAAAUUGGGGUAUGUUGUCGCUGCUUCUAGUUUCAAUCUUUUUAUUUGUGUCAACUUCAUGGGGUGUUUAUCUGUUGUGUUGCUAGAGAUCCUGUACUUAAUAAACUCUUUCACCGUAUUUUGAAGUAUUAUCAAUAAAUAUCCGUUGUUCUUCUA